AUGCUAUGCCACCGGAAGCGCACGGCAAGAGAGCCGAGGGAGAUGGCAUGGGACCAGUGGAUGUCGAGUCCCACCAUUAGGGGCGGUCGCGGAUCGCCGUUUGCGUGCCGGAGUUGCUUCCCCGAGGGCGAGCCCGUCCCGGUCUGCGAGGAGUGUUCUCGACCCUUGGCGCGCGGGGUGUUGUCGCCGGCGGCUCAACUCCAUAGCCGUCUCGGUUGUGAGCACGUGUUCCCCGAUGAGCUCAAGGGCCUAACGUCGGUGGAGAAGCUGAUCGCGCUGAACUCAUGUUAUAGAUAUCCCAAGCACGUCAAGGGUCACAUCACGGUGUUCCCGAACGACGUGCAGGGCCUGGUAGCCAAGGUGCUGCCCCACCCGCUGCUCCGGGUCAUAGACGAGAUCCACGUCUCAUGGCUGGGCGCCGAGAGGCCAGGGUCGCGCGGCCUGUCGGGUCUCCUAUCGGUGAGACGGUCAGUGGUCGAGAGGGCGCUGGCCUGGCUUAAGGAGAACAACCCGCUCUACGGCGAGGUCGAGAUCGACACGGCGGAGAUGGACAGCUGGGGGGCGCCGCCGUACGGGGUGCCGGCGGUGGUGUGCGAGCGGUUGGAGCGAAUCGAGCCGUCGGCGCUGGAGAGGACGCGGACGGCGCAGGUCAUGCCGCCGUUGGAUCGGGCCAUGGACGAGGAAGGCGCCGCCGAAAUCGACGAGAUUUUCGCGGCGCUGAAGCAGGCCGCGCGGGACCGUGGCGCAUCCAGAAUGGUCCCACCAAAAGACCUUACGAGCUGGCUCAAGCCACCCCGCUCGGCUAAGCGCAAGCGCGACACCAAAGUGGACGUAGAGGCUCAGUAUUCCGACGAAGAGAUCGACGAAGCCCGUUGUCCCACAAAAGCGUCCAAGACAGACAAUUCCGCCAAACCCAAAAAGACCGCCGCUGUAGGCACCAGCCAAGAGGCUAAGGAGCUCUACGCCGACACCCUCAAGGCCCUCGACAAACGCGUCGAUGAACUCGACAAGAAAGUUAGGAUCAUGAGUGGUAACAGCGCGGCGAUCACGACCUCCAGCUACGCUACCUCCAUCCGUAAACACAUGGGCGCCGUCAAGAAGCUAGUCGCCAUGGACAUUACACUUGCCUUCAACCUGCUGCUCAGCAUGGCUGAUGCAUCACACACUGACCUCGACGCCACCUGCAAGAUGUGCGGCACCCCAUGCGACAACAGCAUUCCGACUUUCAAGCUGCUGGACGAGGCACUUUUGUCGUUGAUCAAGGCGAGGGAGAAGCCCGUCAGUCUGGCAGCUAAGUUGCCCGAGGCCCCAAAGCGGUGGACCGUGAUGGAUGCGGAUGUCGGCGUGUUCAAAACUGGGAGGCCGAACAAGCAGCAACGCGGCCAGAUGUACCGCCAGAAGCUGAUGUGGGAAAAAAAUAGGCGGCAGGCCAGAAGGGAGCGGAGAGAGAAGACGGUCGACUGGGUCAAGGUGGCAUUGAAUGAUUUGGUUGAGGAGCGGGACUAUCUUAACGCCUAUGGCGUGAAGGAGUACUUGCCGAGGUGCAUUGCGAAGUUAGAUGAACUGGUGAUGGCGAGGGGAGGGGAGACUUGUUACAAUUGA